AUGUGGCGUGCUAUCUCCGAUGCUCUUCCAACCCGUCUCAACUUGGUUAGGAGGAAAAUCCUUAACGAUGCCAACUGUCAGCUCUGUGGUCUGGUUCAGGAGUCCUCAAUGCAUGCCCUUUGGUCAUGCCCAAAUCUGUUGGGGGUGUGGGAACCGCAUUUCAGAGGGCUUAGAGCUGAUGCGAUUGGCUGUGUGUCUUUCAUGGAGGUUUUUCAUUUGUGCUUGGAGAAUGGCCAUCCAGCGGAUCUGUUCACUAUGCUAUCCUCCCAAAUCUGGCAUAGGAGGAACAAACUUAGGCUGGGCGAAGCAGUGGCCAACCUGCACCUUCUUGGCUCUUUGGCAAGAAAUGCUCUUCUGGAAUUUCAGCAUGCUCACCCGGUGACUUCAUCUCCUCCCCCUUCCUGCCCCCAUACAAAAUGGGAGCCUCCCCCCACGGACUGGAUCAAAAUCAAUUUUGAUGGCGCUGUUUUUCAGGAUCGAAAUGAAGCAGGCUUAGGUGUUAUUAUUCGAAAUGACCAUGGUCUAAUUAUGGCUGCACUAACACAAACUAUUCCGCUACCCACCUCGGUGGAGAUGGUGGAGGUGUUGGCAGCAAGGAGGGCUCUUAUCUUUGCAUGGGAACUCUCCUUUGAUCACAUCAUCCUGGAAGGUGACUCGGACAUUGCUAUCCGGGCGAUGUCAAGCGAUGGCUUCUCUGCAGCAAGCUUCGGCCAUAUCCUCUCAGACAUUAAGGCCCUAACUUCUAACUUCAGUCAGGUGGUUUUUAGGCACACUCGCAGACAGGGAAACAAAGUCGCCCACAGCUUGGCUAGAGCUGCCUGUAACUUUCUUCCUCUUUGUACUUAG